CUCUUUGUUUUUCCUUCAUAUUUUCCCGCAACAACAAGAGAGAAGGACGCACACAGGAGCACCGCGCGAAUUUACUCAGCUAAAAUGCCGAAACGAGCUUGUCCUUUUCAACAAACCUUCUCCUCCCAAUACAAAAUCCACAUCGGACAACAUGAGCUCAAUAAUUACGGAGUGUUUGGCGACAAGUACAGGCGAGAAAUCCACGAAAAGACGAAAAACCUGCUCUUCAACGGGGCCAAGGCAGUAAUGGGCAAAAUUUGUACAGGAGAGGAAAGGUGCAUUGACCCGCAGCCGACAGGACAAAUAGAGAGACCUGGACACAGCCAGACUUUACUGAGAGGACAGACGCUGAUUGGACAUGAUGGGAGACUGUCGAGAUCAAAUGUUGUACAAGGUGCAGAGGUGGCUUCUGCAGGCUGCUGUGUGUGUCAGAAGAGCCAGGGAACCAGGGCGGCAUGUUCCCAGUGUGAACGUCCAACCUGCUCCUCCUGCACACGCCAGUGCUCCGGCUGCUCCAGCCUCUGCUGCUCCGUCUGCACCGUCAUAGAUUACAGCGGGCCAUAUGAUGAAGUUUUGUGCUGCAGUUGCUCCACAUAGAGACCACAGAAGAAUCUGGUUUAUCUUUGAACAAAUAUAUCUGCCUCAAAUGAGAGAUUACUAAGACUACAUUUUAUUGUGAGUUUUUUAAUGUGAUCUAAAUCCUACCUUGUAUAUAUGUAUUGCAUUAUGAAAUAACUGAAAUAAACUUGAACACUUUUAUAUACGA